GCUCAUUCCCUAAUACUCCCGUGUGUGGGUCACCUCCCUCAGGCUCCUGCUGAAGGUGUCUCAGCCAUGGCAGGGUCAGUGGAUGAAAAAGAGGCCGAGGACUGGAGCCCAGCCCCUCCGAUGUAUGAGGAAUACCGGCCACCCGCGCUGGAUGCCAUCCGCCUGCCUCGCUAUGCCCUGUAUCUGCUGAUGGCCGCUAUCCUGGUGGUGGCCGUGGCCUAUGCCAUUGUUGGCCACCUCAUCAAAGAUCUAGCUCAUGACCUGGCUGACUGGGCCUUUGGCCCUAAGCCUGACCAGGAGGAGGAAGGUUCCCGGGAGCUGCGGGCCAGCUUGGCUGCAGAGGACCUGGAAGAACUAGAUCUUCAGCUGGCCCUGGCCUGGCGUGGGGAGGAUGACCCUGCCCGUGCUCCUCGCCGCACCUCCAUUGCCUUCAAGGACCCGCCGGUGCAAACCAACUUUUGGAGGCUGGACUGACCUGGAGGAGUGGCAUGUGUGACACUGGUGGGCCUGGCAGUUCCCUCUGCCUCAGUUGGACCACCUGUGUAUGUGACAACAUAGGGUUUGGCCAGGCUGAAACUCAAAACUCCCCUCCUGGGCUGGAGUGCUCUGAUUGCAGACUCCACUUACACUUUAUUGACUUGGAGACAGGUUCUCCAUGUAGCCUAGGCAAGCCUUGAACUUGAUACAUAGCAGAGGACAACCUUGAACUCCUGAUCCUCCAGUCACCAUCUCCUGAACGCUGGGAUGACAGAUCUGGGCUUCUGUGAUACUGAGGAGAGCCCAGGGUCUCCUCCAAGGCUGUGCCAGCCCGAGGCCCUGACAGCUUCCUUUCUUCCUUCCUUCCUUUCUUUCCCUCUUUCUUUCUCUUUUGGUUUUUCAAGACAGGGUUUCUCUGCGUAACAGCCCUGGCUGUCCUGGAACUCAGAGCCAUCACCUGCAACAUUUUUUCCUAUGGAUAAUUCCUUACACAGUGUUUGCUGAGAGGAGAAAAGAGUGAGGCCAAAUUCACAUAUAAAUUAAAAGCCUAUCUGACUA